AUGCCCCUCCUCCCCCUGCGCGCGCCCCACGUCCUGCGCCGCGGCCUCCCGACCCGUGCGGCGAUCGAGUGGUCGGCCAUCGCGCAGAAGCUGUCGGACCCGCGGGCGCGCGCGGCGCUCGACAGCCUCCGCGACGUCCACGGACAGCUGGCGGCCGAGGCCCGAGCGUACGUGCGCGAGCCCGAGGCCAUUGACUUUGCGUACUACCGCUCGGUGAUCAAGAACAAGGCGCUCGUGGACGCGAUGGAGAGCAACUACAAGACCAUUGCGUUCCCCACGAUCACGCCCGAGGAACUGGACGCGGCGGCCCAGUCGACGGAGCUGCCGGACGAGCUGCGGCUGAACGAGCAGGAGACGGUCGACGAGCUCUUUGGUCAGCUGAACGAGAAGGUGGCGGACUCGAAGGCGCGGAUUGAAGAGCUGAAGGAGCUCAUUGGGCUGAUGGAAGAGACGCGCACGACGUUGACGACGUCGAUGGACGAAGUGACGGCCAUGUACCCGGAGGUCGAGGAGGAGAUUGACACGGAGAUUGCCAACCUCGAGUGGGAGAAGGACACGCAGUAG